AUGUUGCUUCAGCUUCAAGUGCAACGGGACAUGUGCUUGGAGACUCCGGGCUUGGCCACGGAGACCGAUUGCGAGAUGAUUGACAAUGAUCUUUGCCUUACAGUUAUUGAGUAUCGAGAGAGCGAAGCCGACAUUUUGAAGGAGAGUGAACAAUAUCAGGCCAACAUGGAUCUUUACAACGGCGAGUUCUACGGUGGAGUCGUGUUUCGGCCAGAUUUUGACUACGGUCCCGAUGGCCAAGUCCCUGAUUUGCACUACACCAUGCGCUUUGAGCCCGAAUACUCCAAUCUGGAGACCAAUCUUGUGUUUCCCAUCUUCCAGCUUUCAGGACCAGGAUAUGCGGCUUCGUCCUAUGAUGAGAUUGUCAAGUUCCAAAACCUGAUCGACCUGGCCUACAUGGAAAUCGCGUCGAAACAACCCCUCCUGCCCAACACUACUCGGGACCUUUGUCGCCUACCGUUUAUGCCGAGCGAACAGAUCAUGCCUUACCCCGCCUAUUUGGAAAACAAUGUGGCCAUCUUCUUGGGAUUUAUGCUUCCGAUGUUCACGAUUCUGAGUUUCUGCUUCAUCGUCCCACCUCUUAUGAAGCGAAUUGUCCACGAAAAACAAACCGGAGUAAAGGAGUUGAUGAAACUUAUGGGCCUACCCAGCUGGAUGCAUUGGGUGUCCUGGUUCUUGAACGCCAUUAUCACGUCGCUCAUCACGAUCCUGAUCAUAGUGCUCCUGGUGUGUGUGGAGUGGAAGCCGGACACUGGGCGUGUCUUCGAUUACUCCGAUCCGUUUAUGAUCUUCAUCUUCUUCCUCAUUUACGCCAUGCCCCUGAUUCUGAUGCUCUUUGCCAUUUCCACCUUCUUCGAUAGUCCCAAUCUGGCCUUGGCCACUGGAGUCAUUGUUCACGUGCUGACCUUCAUUGGCCCAGCCACCAGCAUCAACGACGAAGUCUACAUGACCAUGGCCUUCGGGUCAAAAAUGGCUUUGGCCAUCAUGCCCAAUGUGGGACUGUGGUGGGGGAUCAAGAUCCUCACAAUUGAGGAGGGCAAAGGCUCGGGUCUCCAAUGGAACACCUUGUUUGACAGGCCGGAACCUUCAGAUCCGAUGACAAUGGGUGUGGUAUGGGCCAUGCUCUUGGCCGAUAUGCUCAUCUACGGUCUCAUCAUUUGGUACGUGGAUGCCGUGCUUCCAGGAAAAUAUGGCGUGGAAAAAAAAUGGUACUUUCCGUUUCAAAAAAGUUAUUGGUUUCCUAGUCAAAACAAGGGUGGUUCCAUGGAUCUGGGCAAGAACCCUCCGGACAAUGCUUGUGAUGACAUGAUUGAAGAUGAGCCUCAAGGGGAUCCAGGCAUUCGAGUGAGCAAACUCAUGAAGACGUUUCGAUCGCUCACAGGCGCCCCUUUUACUGCAGUCAAUGGCGUCAGUUUUAGCGCCUUCACGGGCCAAAUCACAGCACUUUUGGGACACAAUGGCGCCGGAAAAACAACCACGAUGUCUGUUCUCACGGGUAUGUACUCAAUGACUGGUGGACAAGCGACCAUCUUUGGGUGUGAUAUUGCUAGUCAAAUGGAUCGAAUUCGACAACAUUUAGGACUCUGUCCUCAACAUAACAUGCUGUUCACCGACCUGAAUGUCAGGGAGCAUUUACUAUUUUUUGGAAUGCUCAAGGGCCUUUCUCGGAGGGAAGCCAAUCUGGAUGCAGCCAAAUACAUCAAGUUCCUCAAUUUGGAGGCCAAAACCAACGAAUUAUCCAGCAAUCUCUCUGGCGGGAUGAAACGGAAAGUGAAUCUAGGGAUUGCCCUCAUCGGAAAUUCGCAAGUCGUCAUGCUGGAUGAGCCCACGUCGGGCAUGGACCCGGAAGCACGACGAGGAAUUUGGGACCUCUUGCAAUUGGAAAAGCGGCACCGGACGAUUCUUCUCACCACGCAUUUCAUGGAAGAAGCUGAUGUGUUGGGUGAUCGAAUCUUGAUAAUGAGUGCUGGACAAAUCAAGUGCUCGGGCUCUCCCAUGUUCUUGAAGCGACGAUUCGGAAACGGAUAUUCUCUGACCAUGUCCAGGGGACCGAAAUGCAACAUUGCCGAAGCCAGAGAGUUCAUUCGCGCUCAUAUCAGCGAAGCCGAGCUGAAAGGUCAAGCCAGCGGAGAGCUCAUUUUCCAACUCCCAGAUGACCAGUCCUCGAAGUUUCCGCAACUCUUUGGAGCUUUGAACGACGAAAAGGACCGAUUGGGUGUCCUCAAUUUUGGCCUGUCAGUGACAACCAUGGAAGACGUCUUUCUCAAGGUGGGUCAAAUGAGUGAGUACACGGAGGAUUCCCAAGAAAUGGUGGAUAUUGACCUCGCUGAUGAUAGGGACCAAGCAACAUCAAGUGCGAAGAGUUUGACCACAAAACCCCGGCUAACGGGUCGAUCUCUGCGACACCGGGAAUUAGGAGGCCUCCUCAAGAAAAGGAUUAUUUACACGUGGCGGAGGAAAAUCCUUUACAUCAUCAUGAUGCUCAUUCCCUCAUUGUACGGUCUAAUUUGCCAACUCGUGGUCAACGACACCAAGACACCUUUGGCCAAAUUCAAGCCUCGGGAAUUCGAUAUGUCCAAUUACCCCGAACCCAUCGUUUUCGCCUCUGGAUCCAAGGACAUUCCAGAAGCUCGGGCUUUGUCUACGACUUUCAAGUCCUUGGUAUUUUCCGGAGCAGAAAUCAUUGAAGCCAACAACUUGACGGAGACCAUCUUACAAGGAGGACAAGAAAAUAUUGCCGAAUAUCGUGGCCGAUACAUCCUCGCAGCGGACUUCAAGCCUAUGCCGGAGUUUUAUUUUGGUGACGAUUGCUCAUCCCUCACGGCCAAGAUCCUGACAUUAGACUCCGUGUACAACUCGGUACCCAAUCACGCAAGACCCUUGGCCAAGAAUCUGCUGAGCAACACCUUGUUGACCUAUUUGGAGCAGAAUUCCACUCCCAGUCACACCAUAACCACGGGCUCCCAUCCCCUGCCCCUGAAUCUGAAGUGGCGCUUCGAAAUACUCUCCCAGGAGUUCAUCUCUCCAUACGUGUUUGCGUAUGGCGUGGCUUUGCCCCAAGGCAUGGGUGUCCUCAUAGCCGCUUUUGUCAUCUUUCCGCUUCUGGAGAGAGUGUCCGGUGCCAAACAGGUCCAACUCAUGACCGGAUUGCACCCGGCCAUAUUUUGGCUUUCCAAUAUCCUGUGGGAUUUCCUUCUGUACAUAGUGGGCAUGAUCAUCAUGAUGGCCAUCAUCUUUGGCUUGGACCGAGAGCAAACGUUUCUCGCUGGUGAAGCGGCUGGAGUGACGUUGCUCUUGAUUGGACUCUUUGGUUUGGGCUCGGUCCCCAUGGCGUACGUGUUCAGCUACACCUGCGAAUCCGCAGCCUCGGGAUUUGCUCUGCUCAUCAUUUUGAACGUUCUAUCCGGGGCCAUUGGUCCCACCGGGGUUUGGAUCCUCCGUUUCUUUGGGGACUACAAUGACACCAGAGGUCUGGUCAUUGCUUCCGAUGUGAUCCGUUACAUCUUCACCCUCUUUCCCGCUUUUCCCAUGUCCAGAUCGAUCAUGGCGUUGGUUCAAAUCCAAGAGAAAAACAACUUGUGCGACAUUGGCAUCAAGACGGACACCUUGACAGCUUGGUGAACGAUGUUCGCUACUCGCCCCGAGACUCUUAUUCCGGAAGCCAACAAAAACUACGCCCAAUGCUGUCAACUUCCCUACGUAGAGGACCCUGGCAUUGCCAUCUGUGGACAGACUUUUCCAUUCGGUCCCAUUGAAAUAACGGCCCCGCCUUGCCAUACCAAGAACACGGUGUACACGUGGGAUUCGUUGACCGGCAUCAACGUCGAUCUCCUCAUCCUCACUGCCAAUUUGGUCUUCUAUUUUGCAUUGCUCGUGGCCUUGGAGUUGGGCAUUGUGUCGAAGGUCCAUCAAUCUUGGCAGCAAUUCUUCGCCCAAAGACAUCAUAAUCCCAAUGGCCGAAGGUCACCGGCCUUGGACGAGGAUGUGAUGCAUGAGCAAGACCGAAUGCAGAAUUUGCUGGACAUUUCUGCCGUUCAAAAGGAUGCCUUGAUGGUUCACCAGCUGAAGAAACAAUUCGGUGUCUUCACCGCAGUGGACGGCCUGAGUUUUGGAGUUCACCACGGCGAGUGCUUUGGCCUUUUAGGCAUCAAUGGAGCUGGCAAAACCACCACUUUCAAGAUGCUGACUGGCGCUGAAAGCGUGGAUGAAGGUCAGGCCUUUCUCUUGGGAAAGUCUCUCAAAUAUCAAAGGCGCGAGUUUUUGCAGCAGAUCGGAUAUUGCCCGCAAUUUGACUCGAUCAUCGAGGUUUUGACGGGACAAGAAAUGUUGGAACUUUUUGCUGCCUUACGCGGCAUCCCUAAAAGCCAGACGGCAGAGGAAAUCCAGAAGUGGAUGCGCUUCUUGCAAAUCGACAUUUAUAAAGACCGUCAAUGUGGCCGAUACAGCGGGGGGAACAAGAGAAAGUUGAACGUGGCCAUGGCAUUAAUUGGGGAUCCUCAAGUGAUAUUUUUGGACGAGCCUACGAGUGGGGUCGAUCCUGUAGCUCGAAGGAAACUUUGGGAUGUCAUCACUACCAUUCAGAGGAACGGCCAAUCGGUGAUCCUCACCUCCCACAGUAUGGAAGAGUGUGAAGCUCUUUGCAAUCGCCUCGCAAUUAUGGUCAACGGACAGUUCCAAUGCUUGGGGCAAUCCACUCACUUGAAGAACAAGUUUGCUCAAGGCUUCACAAUUUUGCUCAAAAUGAAUACCAAACACCUGUCGGAGGAGGAGAGUCAGAAUUCCACGGAGCAAGUCAAAAAAAUUCUCCAGACAGCUUUGAGUGGAACCAGUAUCAAGGACGAGCACAAGGACUACAUCCACUUUCAUAUUGGCGAUACGAACACCACGUGGGAGCAACUUUUUCGCGUGAUGGAAGAUCUGAAAUCUCGAUUGUCAGACGUGGAAGAUUAUUCGGUGUCUCAAACCACGUUGGAGCAAGUGUUCUUGUCUUUUGCCAAGAAACAGAUGACCGAGGAUUCCUCUGAUUUGGGAAGCGUCUCGCGUCAAUUCCCGGAUGUGUCAUAAUCGUAGAACCACGAAUUAACAAGUUAUCAUUGCCAAAACGAGUCAAUAUGUUCAUGACGACAAAUUUUGAUGGGUGUUUCACAAGUUAUUUGUAUAUUAUCAGUAUGGUCGUUAUGGCAAUUAUUAUUUCAUAUGCAAGCUGUU